AUUGGCCCCUGCUCCCUUCCUGACUCGGUGAAGCUGACAGCCGCCGUCGCGCAGGACCAGAGACCGUUUUGGGGGGUAGGAGUCAUGUCGGCAGCUGCUCAAGGGACCAGCAAAGCGGGCCACGGUGAUGUGGCCUCGAAGAAGAAGAAAGGACCGGGCGCCCUGGCCACGGCCUACCUGGUUAUUUACAAUGUUGUUAUGACAGCCGGGUGGCUGGUGAUCGCUGUGGGUCUGGUGAGAGCCUACCUGGCCAGAGGAAGCUACCACGGGCUGUAUUACUCCAUAGAGAAGCCGCUGAAGUUCUUUCAGACAGGAGCUCUUCUGGAGAUCUUGCACUGUGCUGUAGGAAUCGUGCCGUCCUCUGUGGUCCUGACGGGGUUCCAGGUCAUGUCUCGGGUCUUUCUCACCUGGGCGGUCACUCACAGUGUCAGAGAGGUACAAAGUGAGGACAGCGUGCUGCUGUUCGUCACAGCCUGGACCGUCACAGAGAUCAUCCGCUACUCUUUCUACACCUUCAGCCUGCUUAAUCACCUGCCGUACCUCAUCAAGUGGGCAAGGUACACCUUUUUUAUCGUGCUGUACCCGAUGGGAGUGAGCGGGGAGCUGCUGACCAUCUACGCCGCCCUGCCGUACGUGCAGAAGACCGGCCUGUACUCCGUCACCCUGCCCAACAAGUACAACUUCUCUUUCGACUACUACGCCUUCCUCAUCCUCGUCAUGAUCUCCUACAUUCCUCUCUUCCCCCAGCUGUACUUCCACAUGAUCCGGCAGAGGAAGAAGGUGCUGGGCCACACGGAGGACUACAGCAAAGUGGAGUGAGCUGCGCAGCGCUCGGAACGCUCCAAAUGAGAAGAAAACAACCAAAACAUCCCAGAAAGAACAAAUCAGUGUUUUUUUUAGUUUUCAAACUGCCAAAAACGACCCCAUAGAUCAUCCUGUUAUCCACCCACAUUAUGUUGAUUUCAUUUUUCUUUUUUUUUUCCACAGCUAUGUAAACCAUAAAGUCAUUCUGGAUGCA